AUGUCGUAUGCAACUAAACUUGAACUUCCAUGGGUAGAGAAAUAUAGACCUCAUUUAUUGAAGGAUAUUGUAGGUAAUGAAGACACUGUACAGAGACUACAAACAAUUGCUGCAGACGGAAAUAUGCCACAUAUGAUCAUCAGUGGUCUUCCUGGUAUUGGUAAGACAACUUCCAUACACUGUCUUGCUCAUGAACUUUUAGGAGAUUCGUACUCACAGGCAGUUUUGGAGUUGAAUGCCUCUGAUGAUAGAGGUAUUGAGGUAGUCAGAAAUCAAAUCAAACAAUUUGCCCAAAAGAAGUGCACAUUGCCACCUGGCAAGCAUAAAAUCAUCAUUUUAGAUGAAGCAGACUCAAUGACAAGUGGAGCCCAACAAGCCUUAAGGCGUACCAUGGAAUUGUAUUCUAAUACUACAAGAUUUGCAUUCGCUUGUAAUCAGUCAAACAAGAUCAUCGAACCAUUACAAUCACGGUGUGCCAUUCUACGCUAUUCAAAACUAACUGAUGAACAGGUUUUGAAAAGACUACUUGAAAUUAUCAAGAUGGAAAACGUUCAGUAUACUAAUGAUGGUUUGGAAGCCAUCAUUUUCACCGCAGAAGGCGAUAUGAGACAGGCGAUUAAUAACCUUCAAAGUACAGUAGCGGGUUUUGGUCUGGUAAAUGGUGAUAACGUGUUCCAAAUUGUUGAUUCACCUCACCCUCUAAUAGUAAAGAGAAUGCUGCUUUCCAACUCUUUAGACGAGUCAUUACAGUAUCUGAAGGAUCUAUGGACGAAAGGUUAUUCUGCAGUAGAUAUUGUUACAACUUGUUUCAGAGUUAUGAAAAAUCUAGAAGAAGUAAAAGAAUCAGUGAGAUUAGAGAUGAUUAAAGAAAUUGGUUUCACUCAUAUGCGAAUUCUUGAAGGUGUUAGCACACGUUUGCAAUUAUCUGGUAUGUUAGCGAAAAUCCAAAAGUUAAAAAGCCAGUAA